CAGUGGCUGUUCCCUAUUAACCGAUAACUCACGAUGAGACUCGGAUGGUUUAUGAUUGACUGAUUUUGUUUGUUUCGUUCGGAGUUCUGUUCUGUCAGUUUGUAGUUACAUCGUUGGGCAGGAAUGGAAGGCCGGCGCUAGGGAAAUAGGCGCGUUGGAAUGGGCAACGACAAUAGUAAUUCCCAAUAAUAUAGUAAUAGUGUUAAGAUUUUAAUGGAUUGAUAUUUCAUGGUGAAACCAAGUUCCAAUAUAGAAUUCCGGUGGAAGACACGUGACGCCAAGAGGUGAGCUCAUCGUCACCACAGCUCCAUAUCAGAGCUUCACUCGACCAUCGCCCUCCCCCGUCAACGUCUUCCUCCCGCGUCUUUUCCUACAUCUCUUUGAUAUUGAACUCUUUCAUCGCAGAGCACACCAUGGAUAAGAUCGUCUCACAGUACACGCGGUCGCCGCAGAAUGAGUUCUAUUCGGAGCAAGAGCAGGAACUCACAGAGACUCUUCCCCCGAUCUCUCUGAACUUCAAACUUCCUCCUCUCGAUAACCCCUCCGGCUUCCUCCGUGCGAUGACCGAUGACCACUCGAACCCAAACUGUCCGAUUAAGCUUGCCCACGGAACGACGACGCUAGCCUUCCGAUUCCAAGGCGGAAUUAUCGUUGCAACCGAUUCGAGAGCGUCCGCUGGUGACUGGAUUGCUAGUCAGACGGUGAAGAAGGUUAUUCCCGUUUCGCGGUUGAGUCGUGGUGAGGACAAGCCGACGGACAAGCCGACACCUGGUUUAUUGGGUACGAUGGCCGGUGGUGCUGCUGAUUGUCAAUACUGGUUGAGAUAUUUGAGUCAGCAGUGCACACUUCACGAAAUCAGACACAAGCGCCGUAUCACAGUUGCAGCUGCUUCGAAGAUUCUGGCCAAUUUGACAUACGCCUACAAGGGUUAUGGUCUAAGCAUGGGAACUAUGUUGGCGGGUAUGACUCCCCAAGAAGGACCCGCUCUCUACUACAUCGACUCCGAUGGCACACGACUUCCCGGUAACCUGUUCUGUGUCGGAUCCGGUCAGACUUUCGCUUACGGUGUGCUCGACGCCGAAUACCGCUACGAAUUGACCGAGGAGGAGGCUCUCGAGCUUGGACGGAGAAGUAUCCUUGCCGCGACACACCGUGACGCCUUCUCUGGUGGCUACAUUAACCUGUACCAUGUCAAAGAAGAAGGCUGGGUCCACCACGGAUUCGACGAUAUGAACCCUAUCUUCUGGAAGACGAAGUUGGAGAAGGGCGAGUUCUCCAACGUCACGUCAGAGUUGUAGGUUAGCCUGGGUGAUCUUUUAAUUUAAUCAUGGACAUGAUGCUUUUUAGUUGCUUCAAGUUUUUAUUCAUGAAUGAUAGAUGAAUAAGA